GGCGUAGCGUGAGAGGUGCGGGGUGAAGUGAGCGGGGGGCGCAAUGAGCGCUCCGGAGCCAGCGGUGCUGCAAGCGCUGCAGGGACACACUCAGGGCAGCGACAAGUGGCCCGGACCUCGCGCUGUCAAAUUCUAUAUAGCGUCGGUCUAUAAUGACUUCCGUGAGGAGAGACGACAGAUCCUCGAGAUGGUGGGCCCGGAGUUGCAAUCAACAUACGAUGAUCGAUAUAUUGAGAUCGAGUUUGUGGACAUGCACUACGGUUCCGACGGAGGCGAUGAAACCAAUCCGGCUCUGCUCCGAUACCAUCUCGAAGAGAUACGUUGCUGCAACAGAACUUCUAAAGCCGGAUAUUUUCUGUGCCUCAUCGGCGGCGAAGCAUCGUCUUACCAGCCUGUGCUACCAUUCAAAAUCCCAUCAUCAACAUUCGAAGAGUUAGUAAAGUCGGAUUCUGCGCAGGCGGCACUCGUCCGCGCUUGCUAUCGCGUCAACGGUGAUGGCACCUAUCAUUUACAUGGCGAUGAUAAGUGGUACAACGAUCUCGUGGAGCGAAAAGACCAACGCAGUCGAUUGUCCGAAGUCCAGAAAGCGUUCAACGCGUUGGCUACUGAAGCACUUCAAGUCAAUGCCAACGUCAGCUCAUUGCUGAAGAGUCCUGUUGAGCAUCAGUGCGAAUUGGCAUUAGAAUUACUAUCAAAUGGUAACCAUCCAAAAGGCGUCAUAGUAGUGUACCGAGAUAUGCCCGAAUUGGAACCUGAUGACACAAAACUUACUACACUCGCUCGCGCAAGGCUGAUACAACUGAAGAAGAAGCUCGAAGAUGCUUUACCUGAUAGUCACAUCAUUCAAUUAGAACCUUCAUCAGCAGAUUCUUCAAGGACGGACGGAGGAUCAGAAAAUGAGGAAAAACUGGCUCCGUUCAGGGAGAAAGUACAAGCGGUUGUCAGCUCAUUGGUUGACGACAGCCUAAGCACCGAGCCUGACCAGGGAAAGGGAAGGAAAAAGACUGUACAGGAAGUGUUUCUGGAACACAUCACUCAUCUUAGGAUAUGUAUAGAGCAUAAUCGUCUACAUAAGGUUACUGUUAAGCAACUAGAGGACACAGCUAAAAUUGUACUAAAUAAAGCUGCGGAGAACUAUGAAAAUCGGACACGUCAUCCCCCUGUGUUAAUAUAUGGACCUGAUGCUUCAGGAAAGACGACUUUAUUGACACACUUGUACUAUAAAUGCGAAAAUAUUUUUCCUAAACCAGUACUGAGAAUAAUACGAUUCUCUGCCUCAACACCGAGAUCAGCGUAUAACUUGGAGUUGUUACGAGUCAUGUGCCAACAGAUAUCGAUAAUUUUGAACAUUCCGGAGGGGUACUUGCCAAAAGAUGCAAGUUUCGACCCUUUGUAUAUAAACAAUUGGUUUCAGAGUUUGUUGAAACGUUGUGAGGAAAUGGAGAAUGAGAUUUUGUUAAUAUUUAUUGACAAUGUGCAUAGAGUGAAUCCGUUGGAGUGUGAUAUUGUGACAGGGUUGUCUUGGCUACCGAUGUCUUUGCCUCGAAACGUGUUCUUAGUAUGUACAAGUGCGGUAUCCUUAGAGCAAUUACAACUGACUCCUGCACAGAAGGAAAAGUUCAAGACGCAGAAUUGCUACUAUUUGUUGGAUGCGAUUGAAGAAACUCCAGAGAAUGAUAGCUAUGGAGACUUUAUUGAUGGUGCCUUUGAUAACUUAGAAGCCGUCUUCGGUAUUAAAGCUUUUAGUAAAUUAGCAGGUUACAUAACUUGUUCGGAGUUCGGUCUGACAGAGCUGGAGCUUCUGGAGCUCUUGAUGCCGACGACUAACAGUGAUGCUGUCAUCACGCUUAAGGACGCGAACUUCAAUUUCUCCACUCUGUGCGUCGUCAAGUAUAUGAUGAAAUCGCUAAUAAGCGAGAACACAGUAUCUGGUCGGAGCACAUGGCGCUGGCGUGCAGCCGCGGCUACUGCGCGCGCGCGUCGACGUUAUGUGCGUGUGCAAAGCGCGUUACGCGACGCGCAUUCCGACCUCGCAGCGCUUCACUUCGCCAACUUCCUUCAAGAUACUGACGACACUGAUACAUCUGAGGCACAGGAACUUGGUUGCGUAGAUGACGAUGACGCCGUCCUCGACACGACGCCAUUCCACUCAGGCACCCGUACAGCUGCUGCGUUCACACAGAGACACGUCGAAGAAUCGUGGCUCCACCUACUGCUGGCUGGAGACUUCUGUAAACUAAAAGAUCUGACUGUCUGCAAUUUUGAUUUCUUACUUGCUGCUGUUCAAACAGUGACAAUUUCAUACCUGCGCUGUAUCCUGGAGCACGUCCGCUGCUACAUUCUGGACCGUGAUGUCGAACUAGUCUACGGAGCCGUCAGGAAGUCUAGCGAUAUCCUCACGAGGGAUCCAAUGCAACUUGGAGCUCAGAUAAUAGCAUGGCUGCGACCCGCGGUGGCUCGCCGGGGUGUUCUUGCCACAUUAGUCACUUCGGCCAUGGCAUGGUGCGACGGAUAUGAUAAGCCACUUCUCGUACCACUCAAUGGAUGGCUUCAACCACCAAUAGCAUCGACGGUCCGCGUGGUUUCCGUAGGAGGAUCAAGCCCAGGCGCAGGAGCAAGGUUGCUGCAACUGGCACCUUCAGGCCAACAUUUAGUGCUUGCUCCAUCUGCUGGUGAUCCUCAGUUGUGGCAUGUCAUGUCCAAUUCAAAAGUACAUACAUUCAAAGGCCAUUCCGGAAGGAUUCUAUGCAUGUGCGUAACGAGAGAGUCGCAAUACCUCCUCACUGGCUCGGAAGAUACAAGCGUCAUCGUGUGGGAUCUGCAUUCUUUGGCCUGCAAAACCAAAAUUCUCGAACAUAUCGCUCCAGUGCUUUGCGUGGCAGCGAUUGUUAAUCGUUCCCUCGUCAUCAGCGGAGGUGAAGACUCUGCCGUCAUAGUCACAUCACUCGUUGAUGGAGCCUUGGUAACAAAACUAGACCACCAUCGUGGUCCUGUAACCGCAGUAAAAGCUAUCCAAGACGGAGAUAUCCUAGUCACAGGAUCACAAGACGGCACAGUCUGUACUUGGAAUGUGGACAACUUUACACUGCUAAGUACGGUCACGUCUGGCGUACCGAUCCACGCUAUGGAAGUAACAGAAGACAACGUGUUUCUGAUCACGCUGCAAGGAGAAAACGAGUUACAUGUUCGGACCUUCAUUACUGGAACUCAUCUUCACGUCUUGAAGAGGCAUAAAGCAAAGGUGAAAUGCUUCUGUGUGGGUCACGAUUCAUCCCGCGCGGCAGUGGGCUGUGCUGAUCAGCGGAUUUACAUAUACAGUCUGCAUAAUGCGCAACUCCUGCGCACUUUGGCCGCUGCACACGAUCUUGCCGCAUUAGCAAUUGCGGAUAAAGAUCACUUCUUACUUGCUGCAGGUGGCAACAGAGUGACGAUUUAUUCAUUCCACACUGAAGACAAUUUGACCAAUUUCCGACCAACGAAGCAAUUGAAAAGGCGUCAAACUAAAUCAACCACCAAUAUUACUUUAUUGCAGGCGGAACAAAGUGAACUAAUCCCAAUAAGUUGCCUCGAAGUAUCACGAGACGGUCAGCUAGCAGCAAGUGGUUGCGCUCGAGGUCUCGUCAGAGUUUGGCAUCUUUCAACCCAUCGGCUUCAGGCGACCCUUAACGGCCACAUUGGCCACGUCACCUGUGUGACGUUUUCACCAAACAAUCUCCUCGUGUUGAGCGGAUCGGAAGAUAGAACUGUCGUUGUUUGGCAGUUGGCUGAUAAUUCCCCUUCAUUGACUUACAAGGGUCAUACAGCAGCACUUCAGUCGUUGCUGAUGAUGUCAGACGGCCGUCGUGCGAUGUCAGGAGACAGAGCUCGUAACGUCCACGUUUGGCUCGUUGAUUCUGGCAUUGUCUUACAUUCCACUACCGGUCCUACAGUUAGUCUUGAUGUAACACUCAAUAUGAAGUUCUCGGUAUUGUCAGAUGGCGACAAUUCUGUUCGUAUUUGGUCACUGGCAAGGGUUGACAGUGGAGAAGAACGACGUUCUGUCUCUCACGCUGAACGCAUCACAUGCUUUGCAUUAACAGCUGAUUCGCAACACGUCGUGACGGGAUCCAUGGACAUGUCUUUGAAAGUUUGGCAGUUGGAUGGAGGCAAAUUAUCACAGGUUUUAGUCGGCCAUUCGGACAUAGUCACCUGCGUAGCAGUAUCAAUCACAAAUAAAACCCAAGUGGUCUCUGGUUCUUGGGACUGCAAUCUCAUCGUUUGGGAUAUCAACACUGGCUCUGAUUUGCACCUCCUGUCUGGACAUCUUGGAAAAGUCACUUGCGUCAAAGUUACUGGUGAUGGCACCAUUGCUGUUUCAAGUGCUGAAGACAAGACACUAAUAAUCUGGGAAACGAAACGUGGUUUGGCCUUGACAUCGCUAGCAUUACACGUGCCUUUACUGGGAUUCCAAAUAACUAGCGAUUGUUCUCGGAUUGCAAUACAUCUUUUAGACAGAGGUUGCCUUCCUAUGAUAUGUCUCCACAAUACACCUGCUACAUACGUAAAGAUACCAACAUACGCUGCUCCUACUAAAGACAUUGAUGAACUGCGACCAUUAGCACCAAAGCGGCCUAUGAGAAGGUUACUCAAGAAGGAAGUGUCUUUGGACACUUACACGUGGCAAAAGAAGUACGGACAUCUUACUUCAGCGGCCAUGAUGGCACAAGUUGAUGAGCGGUUGAAACGAAGAUUCUCAGUGUCAGCAUCAAUGGAGGAAAUAUCUAAGAUUCAAGAAGCAAAGAACAAGGACUUGGGGUCUCAGGUGAGUCUCGGUCCAGAAGAAGCAGCUAUAGCGCAAUCUCAGCACUUUGAUCAACUCGAAGCUUUAUGGAACAAAAUAUCUCCCCCAAGACGUCGUUCCAAUAAGUCCCUGACAAAGCAAAGCUCUUUGAUAGAAACAAAAUUCGAUUCAUCGGAUGAAGAGCACACGCCGAUAGAAGAACAAGGUAAGGCACAUAAAAGUUCUCUUGAAUCCCGCUCUUAAAAGAUAAACCUUUUAUAAAGACUAUUGGACUGCACUAUUUCGUUUUUGGCAUGAGAUAAUUCAAAAUGUUUUUUGUGCAGAACACAUGGUGGAAUAAAGGAAAGUAUACUCCAAAGCUGAAAGUAUGUAAUUUUAGUUUUUUUUUUCUUUAAAUUAUGCAAUUUUUUAUCAAUUUAAUUUAUAACUAUUAAACUAGUUUGUAUAGCUUAAUAAUCAGUUAGAUUAUUUUAUAUUAUUUAUAUUGUAAAUUUUACUAUUUUGUAUAUUUUGUAGCGUCGCCGACGAAUUUAGGUUUAAAGUCUUAAAUUUUAGCUUUAACGAAUAUGAUUUAAAUUUCAAACGAAAUUUUAGAAGGACUCGUAUAUAAACUGUUGUAUUAAGAUUUAAUUUUUAAAUUAUAUGGUAGUGUUUAGGUAUCCUGCCUCUAUGCAAUGUGAUCUUCUAGGUGUAGCUUCUAUUGUUUCAGGGCCAGUUUGUCUCGUAGUUCAAGUAAAAUAAAUUUGUCGGGCACUACAAUUAAAAAUUGCAAAGAACGUGAGUGGUACUGAGGUUUGUAAAAAAGCGCCACUCGUCAAAUAUGAACAGGCUAAUAAAUCAUAUCAUACGAAUCAAAUUUGAACAAAAGUGUUAGGACAGCCUGGCAUGGCCUGGCAUAGGUUAUCGACGCUAUUUAAUUGCAGUAUACAAAUACUACUUAGUAGUUUCACAAAAUGUCGAAUUUCAACCGCUCCGCAGACGACCUUAUACUAAAUAAUUUGCAUUAAAAUUAUUAUGUAAAAUUCUUUUAAUAAAUAACUGGUCCUAAUCUGUAUUAGAAAUAGCAUUUAAUAAUUGCUAUAUGUAAGUUCUAAAUAGACUAUUACUGUAUUUUAGAAUGUUGUACCUAUUUCUGUUAUUAGGUAUUUGUGAUAAUUAUUGUUAACACCCAUGUGCAAUAUUAUACCAAUUUUUUAUUGAUCUAGAUUAAAAUUUAGUUUACUACUUGUUUUCAAAUAACGUUCAUUGGAAUCAAAUUUUAUGUAGAUUAUUAAUAUCGACCAUUAUACUACCUAGUUUUGAAAAGUAGCCGUUUUUUUUAAAUUAAUAGAUGUUUAUUUACAUUACGUUUAUUAUUAUUAUACAUAUAUACAUACCUAACCCUUCAAUUAUAUUGACAUUGAUUGGCUGAAAUUAUGUCGAAAAUAAAUACAACCUUUUUCUAAAUUAUAAAAAGAACUUCAUAUCACUACUUGAUAGGCUAUUGUUUAUUUUUAAAUGAAACCUGUUAUGCCUGGAAGGAUUUCUGAAGGAAAAUUAUAGAAAACUUAAUUAAAUUAAAGGUGACUCUACCAUUUGUAUCGUUAUAUUCGAAACUUUGGUAAAUUUUGAGAGGCAUAUUUUAGGAAUUUGGAAAAUGUUACAUCCGUAUUACGCUUCGAAAAAUUACAUUUAUCGAAAUUGGAAAUCGAAACUAAAAAAUUUUAUUUCAACCAAGAGUCAUCCUCACGAGUUUUUUUUAUGAACUAUUUUAUAAUAAUGUAUCUAGUAAGACUUAAUCUCACCGAUCAAUGUAUCGUACUAGAGUUUUCCAAACUGUGAUCCCUUAUAAAGACUUCUAAGUAGGUAAGCAUUAUAUUCGAAACUACAAAAUAUAUCCUUAUGAAUAUAAUGAUACUUAGAAUAUUUAAUUAUGUCUAAUUAUAAUUACAAUAAAACUUAUCGCCUAAAAUUUAGACAUAUUUUGUCCUUUUAUCUAGAAUAAAAGUAGACAUGGUAAAAGUAUAUUGUCAGAAUAAAUUUAGAGCUACGUAUGUAGACGCUAUAUCCCUUUGGACGCCUUUUACAAGGAAAACCCAUUUUAUCUCUCUACAAUACUAAUUAGGUACAAGUAAUUUAUGUCACAUUUUCUUUGCAUCAAUUAAUGUACGUAGUACUCGUAAAUACUAACUUUACAUGAUUUUGAUGCAGAUUAAAUGAAAUCUAUAUCUAAUCUAACAUGUUGAAACCAUAGCUGAUUAUUAACCAAAGAAUAUAAAAAUUCUAACACAAAAGGUUACAAUAGGAAAUCAAGGAAAUUCAGAAAAUUGUUACAAAAGUUGCAAAAUAUCUUUGGGGUUAUUUCAGUUAAUCAUAUAUCAUUGAAUGUUCAAUGAUAGAGGUUACUGAGCGUUGUGAUACCGACGCUACCACAAAAAUCAUGUCAAUCACGAGCGCAUAACGUGAUCACGUAUCAUUUUGCAUCCAAUAUAGCAACCAUAAUACGUCUCGAAAAUCUGAUGAGCUAUAAUAAUAUAAACAUAGACCACCUUAAACUGAUUCUAUGUUCACAAAAGCUCGUGGCAGAAUGGGUUGAAUUCAAGUUUUUUGUAGAAUUAUUUUUUCUAUUAUUGCUGCUUCGUAGUAACGUCAUACGGUUGAAGGUACAAUUAAAUCAAAUGCCACAUAUAAAAUGAAAUAAUAACGUGUAGUUUCAUAAUUUGAAUUAAGCGUUAGAAUUAAAUGUUACGACUAGAAAAUGCAAUAAUAUUUCAUAAGUAGAUGCACAUACUCGUACUUGUAGGACUUUUUGUUAGAAUAAGAAAUUACGCUCUUCGUAGACUGUUUUAAAGAAAUUAUUGUUUAUAAAGCCGCACUUAAUUUCAGUAGAGAUUCCACCUGCUUCAUUCGUUUAAAGUUUCACUGUAUCCGAUCUCGAAAAAGUAAGGGAAACUGAAUUUUGCUAAAAAUAAUAACGCAUAAAUGUUUUGUCCUCAAAAUAACCUUAGGUACCUACAAUGCUAUGCAAUAAGCGUACGAUAAUCUUUAGACACUGUCACCUUGUUGACUAAUUGUAUAGAGUUUUAUAUCUUUAUCGAUUCUUAUUCCU